AUGGCGCUCACACCGAGACGAUGUAGUAUGCUUGCAGUGGUUGCUAUCGUAUCGUUUAUCUAUGAAGCGCUGGCGCAGGAGGCAACAGGGUCACUAUCAACGAAUUCUUCCUCGUCGGGGUCUUUUGCGGGCUCAGAAGUAGGUAUCAUUCCUGCAACAUCGGUCGCCCAAGAGCUGGCUCAGGAAUGGUUCACCGCUAAUGUGUGCGAUAAUGAGACUCAAUUGGCUGUUGGAGUGGGCUCCGACUUGAAAAAUUUGUCUAGCACCGACACUAUCUGCAACGGCGCACCGUCACUUCAGCGACGUUCCGAUGGCGAGCUACCAAACUUCGGUUGUCCGGGCAUUUAUACAGCGAUAGACGCGUCGUGCACGUGUUUGGAGAAUGGCUACAACGACUCCGAAACGUGGGAAUUUCACGUCGUUAAGCGGAGUAAUGACAGUGAAUAUCCGCCAACGCUCAGGUCGACAGAUAUUCUACCAAUCGACACUAUUAGGACGAUGCUGGUCCCGUCGACGCUAAAGACACUGCGCAUCAUCGGUGACAGAAACGUGCCUCAGGAUAUUCAAUUCACGCCGGAGGAUCGACGCAUACCGGGGACUAUUUUGCCAAUUGCUACCAGUAUCAGCGGCACAAUCUCCAUCUCUACAGUGGAAAUCACCAACAUCAAUAUGUUCUCCAUCACGCUCUCGGCGUCUUCGUUCCUUCCACCUACGACAACCAACCUCACGCUUCGAAACUGUAACUUGUUCGGCUUCGGCUUCCACUUCUUCGACGGAGUGACCACUUUGCAGCAUUUGGAUCUGUCUUCGAAUUCCUUAACGGUUCCUUACGCUGGCUCGACCAUUCAGAGCUCAUGCUCGAACCAGUUUUGCGCUAUAGAAACCCUUAACCUCACGAAUAACAGCCUGACUGCAUUUCCGUCGGUUGUCCUUAACAUCGACAAUCUACAAGAACUAUAUAUCGCCCACAACGAUAUCACGGAUUUCAACGUCAGCAACGCAACGUUCAAUGCCAUCAAGCGUCUGACAGCUUUCGAGUCCGAUCUCCCCGAUAAGUCCGCACUAUGUCUUAGUGGAACAUGGCAGACAGUACACAGCUCUAAGUUCUGUGUAGCCAACAGCACCAUCGUGACGUCAGAGUCAAGUUCCGGCACGUGUACCCACUGCAUAAUGUAUGUUGGGGUCAUCGGUGGGUGUUUGAUUGUGACUCUUGUCAUCUUGUUACUCUGGCAACGAUCGCGUGCGCGUCGUCGCGCUCAAUCGGCGUCUUUAGUAUCGUCACCAUCAAGUUACUAUCUCGCCAGAAGUGGGAACGAGACUGUCAACAUCCCGAUAUCUGAUAAUAGCACCACUGAAGCGCUGCUCGAAGACCCGAUCAUAGUGACCAAUCGUAUCAACUACAAGGACAUCAAGCUGGACAAAUGUCUAAGUAAAGGUGGCUUCGGUUUGGUGUUUGUGGGCGAGUAUAGAGGUCGUCAAGUUGCCGUAAAAAAGAUCCGUCCUGACCGCAGUCAAGACCCCAAAGACGUCAAGGCGUUUCUUAAAGAGAUUAUCCUCAUGGCGGAGCUUCAUCAUCCACGUAUAGUCGAGUUUAUUGGCGUGGCAUGGGAUAAUUUGAAGCACAUUUCCGCGGUGACAGAGUUCAUGGAGAGUGGAGACUUGAGGCAUGUGUUGCGUAGCUGCAAACGUCAAGGGGCUCGGUUAUCCUGGAGGAACCACAAGACCACGAUCUCACUGCACAUAGCUGAGGCGAUGCAGCACUUGCACUCUCACAAUCCAAAGGUGAUCCACCGGGACUUGAAGUCCAAGAACGUACUACUUAACAUGCAUCUGGAAGCCAAGCUGACGGACUUUGGCGUCUCUCGAACGCAGUACACGGUACAGACGCACCCCAUGACUGCAGGGAUCGGUACGUCCUUCUGGAUCGCACCCGAGGUUUUACUAGGACGAGACUACAACGAACAGGCCGACAUCUACUCGUUCGGUGUGGUAUUAUCCGAGAUUGAUACCGACGACUACCCGUUCUGGAACGAUGCGAACCGUGAUGGUCCUCGCGGUAAACUACAGGAAGCAGACAUCCUACGACAGGUGGCGACGGGUAAUAAACGUCCACACUUCUCGACGAACUGUCCGGCCGGCAUCAUGUUGCUGGCAGAGAGUUGCUUACAGGAGAACCCCGACGACCGUCCGACUGCCACGGCCGUCGUCGAAACCCUCCAACAAUUUUUACGCUCGAGCCUACAGCCAAGUUCGUCGGAUUCGUCACCGUCCUUCGCGUCAGGUUUGAACUGGACUGUAAGCUAG